AUGGUGGUUUUGCUCGUGGCCGUCACGGCGAGGGUUUUGGUGGUGGUCGGGGAGGGAGGGAGUGGCGGUGGAGUGCGAGAGAUCGGUGGUUCCAUGGAGUUGCAGAGAGAGAGAAGGAAGGAAAGAGAUGCGACCCGAACCGGCAGAGAGGAGGAGAGGGAGAGAGACUUUUCCAAUUUUUCUGAAGAUAAUGGGCUAACCGGUGGACUUCCAUCUUCAUUUGCGAACCUGAAGCAGCUGAAUAUACUCGACCUUUCUGACAACGACUUGCGCGGUGAUAUUUUGGGCACAUUGUGGAAUCUAGAGGAUCUUGAAUGGCUUUAUCUGAGGUCGUUUAAUCUCAACGGCGUUCUUGAUUUAAAUGAUCUAUUCAAACUCAAGAACUUGAAAGGCUACUUAAGCGAAUUGGUGCGGUUAGACCUACCAUACAACAGAAUCCGAGGGACCAUUCCUAGAUGGAUGUGGAACAAUAGCAAAGAAUCCCUCUGGUAUAUAGAUCUUUCUCACAAUCUUUUAACCGGCUUCGAAAACAACCAGACUAGUCUUCCUUUGCCGAAGUUGGAAUAUCUUGACGUUAGUUCUAACUUGCUAGAAACAACCCUCCCUAUCCCACCUCCCUCGGUCAUGAUAUACAACAUCUCCAACAACUUCCUAUAUGGGGAAGUUCCAAAAUCCAUUUGUGAACUGAGAUCUCUUGCAGUGCUCGAUUUGUCCAACAAUUCUCUGAAUGGCACACUUCCUCCUUGUUUGGGUAGUAUUGGUCGUUUGUUAUUAUUGAACCUCGCGAGAAAUAAAUUCGAUGGCAUGAUUCCUCCCGUUUACCCAAAUGGUUGUGCAUUGAGGAUGAUCGAUCUCAGAGAAAACCGACUAAGAGGGAUUGUUCCGAGAUCUUUAGGAAAUUGCGGAAUGCUGGAGUAUUUGAAUCUUGGUGACAACCAAAUUAAUGAUACAUUUCCAUUUUGGCUAUCGGAAUUGGCCUACCUAAAAGUCAUUGACUUGCGGUCCAAUAAGUUCCAUGGUCCCAUAGAAGGUCAUCUAAGCCAUCUUAACUUCGCCAAUUUGCACAUCCUAGACCUUUCCAACAACAGCUUCAAUGGUAAACUUCCUUCCAAGUUGUUACAGAGUUGCCAUGCCAUGAAGUUUAUCGAUGGUCAAGAUAAGUUGGCAUAUAUGAAUAUACAUCAAUGGAUUGAUAUGUCUGGUUUCAUACUCGACGGAAGUACGAUGAAUUAUGCGUUGAUAUUGACGAAUAAGGGCACGAAAAGGGAAUAUAGGAAGAUUCCAUAUAUGCUUGUGGCAAUUGACCUCUCUAGUAACAAGUUCAAAGGUUCCAUUCCUGAACUCAUUGGAGAUCUGAAGUCUCUUUAUAUGCUCAACCUUUCAAACAACUUCCUCAUUGGUAGCAUCCCUCCUUCCUUGGCGAACCUGACAGUGCUCGAAUCAUUGGAUCUUUCCCUAAACAAUCUCAUGGGAGAGAUUCCCCAACAACUAGCCAGCCUCACAUUUCUUGAAUUUUUCGAUGUCUAUCACAAUCGACUAUCGGGACGAAUACCACAUGGAACACAAUUCGACACAUUCGAGAGCAGUUCGUUUGCGAUGAAUCGAUGGUUGUGUGGAAGUCCUCUCGCCAAAUAA